AUGGGCAAAUGCGGUGGAGAACACUCGGACAAGAAUCGUCGGCAGACAUAUAUUCCAAAUCCGGCCGUUAUGUCCACAGCCGUCAUUGCGAGAUCGUCUAGUGCCCCUCGUUUGCAGACUUACAAAGCAGAAGAUGAUAUUUCGGUAGGAGAGAUUAGACGUUUUUGGCCACCUCUACGCUCACUGGAAACGCUACAUGACAGCUUAUCAUUCAUGGAAUUCGAUCGUUUUCUCGCACAUCUGCUCUCAUCUCGUACUCCACUUCCAUCACCACCGAAAACGCCAUUGCUACCCUCUCAUGAAGAAUCGAUGGAUGCAAACAUGAAAGGUAUACAGGAGGAGGUGGAACGGCUCAAAGCGCUCGGAAUCAACGACAAGAAGUUGCUCUAG